AUGGUCGACGCAAAUAACACACGUGCCACUUCAAAGAAGAUCAAAUAUUCCUCGCUAGCGAAAAACAGAAGCAAUGAGUCCUCCAUCACAGAGUCGCUAAUCCCUAAGGGCAGCGCGGCUAUCGAGACAGAAAUCCAAGCCGGAAGUGGCAGUACAGACCAAAGAGCCCAUAGUGGCAGUGGCGGUCUAGCAAACCCGAUAGGUACUCACGAGAAGAGACUAGAGAGUGAAGGGACAAUCAGAGCCCAUAGCGGCAGUCUAGCAAGCCCAAUAGGGACUCAGGAGAGGAGAUUAGAAGGGACAGUCAACAAUACUCUUUAUUCCACGUUGGUAGACACAAGCGAAUCCCGAAGAGACAGAGCCCCCGUGGCAUUUUUGAAUCCAAUGGCGAAAGCUAAGAUCAGUAUUAAUGUCGCAAGCGAUGGCAUUGAGGAAGAAGAAGAGGAUAACUCACCAGCCAUUGCAGUGUCCUCUGUCAUGUCUGAUCGUGAACAAAUGUGGAAGAGAGUGGUCACGGCACAAAACUCUGGCGACCUGGACCUAGCCGAAAUGUUGUUCAAGGCAAUAGGUCAGAUUGGGAAGGAAUCAUCUCCCGCGGUUCGUCCUGCAGCUCCGAUUUUUGCUAUCCCUAGCAACACCGCAUCAGGUGAAGUGACCUACCUAGGUACUUCAACGGUUGAACAAGCGGUACCAAACGCCAAAGCAAAAACAGCCCCACAAGAUCCGGAAAAGUUCUUCAUGACGGAGGGUGAUUUGGUGUACGCCAUAGGUACUGUCACCAAUCACAAUAGUGUUGGGUUUGCACCGUUGCUAGAUGAAAACAUCGGGAAACUCCGUUCGCCUCUGCCCCUAACCAUAUUCAACCGGAAAUGGCAGCAAAGAGCAAUGGCUUACCAUUUGGAUAGACGACAGCGUUCCGACGAGUCCUCGGCUGAUAAAGAUAAAUCUGGAGGAUACAAAGGCUUUUCUUUUGUCCAAGAAUGGACCCAGACAUACGCACAGUGGACUCGGAAUCAUCGAGCCUUUGUCAAAACACUUUGUGACGUCUACAAAAUAAUCAAAUUCUCAAAAUUGUUAGCCACUCAUAAAGAUAACUGCGAUGACAUAACCGAGGAGUUUGGUUUCAUGGUAGCUUUCCGCUACAAUAUGGAAGUGAGAAAUAACACUUUUUCUCAUCGGAUUACAGAAGACGACGUGAAGAACGUGAUUCCUGAUAUUUUGCAAAGAAAGGAAUCCGUCGUCGAGCAAUGCUACAACAUCUGCAGAAACCUUGGAGAAUUAGACUGGGAAGAAAACCUGUAUGCCCCAGGAUUGCCGUACUCCAAUCACGACCCGUUGACCGGUUACCUACGUCCGUCCCGAAGCAAUAACGGCUAUCAACAACCCCAUAAUAAUAACAUGAUGAUCCACAACCCUAUGGCCCAAGGCUCGAACUGGCCAAAUCAUGGGCAAGGAAACCACUUGAACAACAACCAGAACAGUCACCCGAAGUAUAAUAACUUCAACAACAGUUAUAACGGGAUGGGUAGUGGUAACAGUAACCAGAAUUUUCAUAACGGCAACAAGAGACCGAGAGGGGGUUACAAAGGACAUAGCUAUUCAGACAACUUCACGGGAAAGUCUGACGGAGGCCAGUCGAGUGGUAGGAAGGGUAAUCAAAAUAAGUAG